AUGGCUUUCCAACUAACAGUGGCACUUCUAGUCAUAGCCAGUUUGGCGUUUGUUUCUUCCAGAUCUACUGCAAAGAUCGUCGGAGGAGAGGAAGCCCAGAAGCACGAAUUCCCCUACCAAAUUUCACUGCAAUGGAACUACAACGAUAGCAUAAAUGAAGUGAUGCACUUCUGUGGAGGAUCUUUGCUGAACGAAAAUUUCGUCCUGACUGCUGCCCACUGUCGCACUUCGUAUUCGGAGAACGGAUUCAUCGAAGUGGUUGCCGCUGCACAUGACGUUUCCGUUGCGGAAGGAUUCGAACAGCGUCGCUUGGUAGAGUUGUUUACCAUCCACGAGAAAUUUAAUGGAGGAGAGGGAGUCGGUCCGAAUGAUGUUGCAGUUAUCAGCGUUGACAAACCAUUCGAGUUGAAUGGUAAAGUAAAAACUGUACAGCUUCCGAUACAGUCGGAACAGUUUGAAGGUGACGUUGUGCUCAGUGGAUGGGGAUCCUUAUCAACUGGCUUCUUCCCGGAGUAUCCUGAUAAACUACGAAAAGCUGUUUUUCCGUUAGUAAGCUAUGGUACCUGUCUUGAAAUGUGGGAAUUCGACUAUGCACUAAAAAGUAGUAACAUCUGCACUGGACCUGCGGACGGUUCGAAAAGUGCUUGCUCUGCUGAUUCCGGUGGUCCCCUGGUCAAAUUGCUUGGUGAUAAAGUGGUUCAGGUCGGUAUCGUUUCAUGGGGUCCCAUUAUAUGUGGAACCCCAAACAAACCGGGAGUAUUUGCGGGAGUUUCUUGCUAUGUCGAUUGGAUUGAGAAGCAGCUUCGUAAAUGA